AUGAGAAGAUGGUAUUGACAGGAAAAAGAUUCCAUUGUAGGAAAGCAUUUAUAUUCCUUUACAUUAAGUGAAGAGAGAAUGACAGCAGUGGCAGCUUCACAUAUUAGGAAGUUUACUAAGCAGAACUUCUUUUUUUUAGUUGGUGGAAUGAUAAUUUAUGUAGUUGAUAUUGGAGUCGACUUCUGGGUAGCUAGUAGAUAUUUCUGUCAAGGACAAUAUUCUUGGAGUAUAUUGAUACUCUGUUUUAGAGGUAUUUCAUCAAUAAUAACUCAGAUAUUUAGUUAUGAGUGGUUUAAAAAUGACUGGGAAGGUACUGAUACUGGGAAGCAGAAGUUGGUUUUUCUAGUUCAUCUCUUUCAUUGUGGAAUUUUUAUAAGGUAUUGGUUUGCUCUGAAAUAUGGCUGUCAAGUUGCAUUUAAACAAACAAGUAACAGAAGUGCAUCAGAAGUAGAUCCUUCCAAUGGCAUUGAAAAACAAGCUAUUGAUGCAGUGACUGAUAUUAACAUGCUCAGGGUGUUCAAGACUUUUCUUGAGACCACACCACAACUUUUUCUUCAGAUUUACAUCCUCAUGGAACAUGGCAAAACUCAUUUCUAUCAAUAUGCUGCCAUUAUGAUGUCUUUUUGUGGUAUCUCCUUAACAAUGGUUGAUUAUCAGAUAUCACUACGAAAAUCUCUGCCUGACAAAGAUGAAUUUCAUGUGCUUUCCAAGUUCACGUACCUCUUCUAUAAGUUGCUUACCAUCACUUCUUGGAUACUCAGUAUUUCAUUGAUCACUCUACUCAGUGUCAGAAUUUCUGUAAUUCUGCUGAUAUUUCUUUGGAUCGGUGGCUUCACUUGGACUUUGAAACAGCAUACAACAUUUUGCAAAUCUAAGAAGAUGGAAUAUCUGUACAGAACUGUAGUUGGAAUCAUUCUAAUUUUUUCAUUUUUUAACAUAAAGGGGAGAAGAACAAAAGUUUGCAUUUCUAUUUAUUAUGCUACUCACACUGUAGUGACUCUAGGUAUUUUGUUUGUAUAUAUGUUCUGGAAACCUUCCAUUAUCAAAGAAAUACGUUUUACAAUUGUAAGCAUCUUAACUGUUUUGAGUCUGGUGUUAGGUAUUAUUUUUCUUGUUGUUUAUUAUAGCCAUUUUCAUCCCAGUACUUAUUGCAGACCUCAGGCAUAUUCAGAUGAAGUUGAUGGAGUAGAAGGGCAAAAAGUUAGAGUGAAAAUGGGUAGAUUUCAGAAUUUCUUAAUGCAAUGA